AUGAGUUUUGAAGAUUCUCUUUCUCUUCAAUCUACCUUCACUUUCCUCUUCUUCUCUUUCACCUUUCUAUUCUCAAUCUUCUCUCUUCUCAUCUACAUCUCUAGAAUUAAACCAUGGUGUAACUGCAACACUUGCAAAGCUUACUUAUCUAUGACUUGGUCGCAACACUUCAUUAACCUCUGUGACUACUACACUCAUCUUCUUAAAACCUCACCCACAGGAACAAUCCAUGUCCACGUCUUAGAUAACAUCAUAACCGCAAAUCCAGAAAAUGUUGAAUACAUCCUCAAAACAAAUUUCCACAACUACCCUAAAGGGAAACAGUUUUCCACCAUUCUCGGCGAUCUUCUCGGUCGCGGCAUCUUCAAUGUCGACGGUGAUUCAUGGAAGUUUCAACGGAAAAUGGCGUCUCUUGAACUCGGUAGCGUAGCUAUUCGUUCAUACGCUAUGGAACUUGUCACAGAAGAAAUCAAAACAAGGCUUAUUCCUCUCAUUGUUUCCAAAAAGGAUGAGAAAGAUGAUGCUUUUAUUGACAUGCAAGAUAUUCUUAGAAGAUUCUCGUUCGACAACAUUUGUAAAUUCUCAUUUGGUUUAGACCCGUGUUGUCUUGUUCCAUCACUUCCUGUUUCAAUGCUCGCUGACGCUUUUGAUAUCUCAUCAAAGCUUUCAGCUGAGAGAGGAAUGAGUGCGUCACCGCUAAUAUGGAAGAUGAAGCGUUUCUUCAACAUUGGGUCGGAGAAGAAGCUCAAAGAAGCGAUUAAAGUGGUGAACGACAUGGCAAAAGAGAUGAUAAAACAAAAACGAGAAAUUGAAAUUGGAGUUGACUCGCGAAAAGAUCUUCUGUCGCGUUUUAUGGGUUCUUUGAAUUCAAACGAAGACCAAUAUUUAAAAGAUAUUGUAGUUAGUUUUCUUUUGGCGGGUCGUGAUACGGUUGCUUCCACGUUAACCGGGUUUUUUAUGUUAUUGUCUAAGAAUCCGGAUGCUGAGAAAAAGAUACGGGUUGAGUUAGACCGGAUAAUGAACCCGGUUCAGGAAGUUGCUACUUUUGAACAGACACGUGAGAUGCAUUAUCUAAAUGGAGCGAUUCAUGAGAGUAUGAGGCUUUUGCCACCGGUUCAGUUUGAUUCAAAGUUUGCUUUGGACGAUGACGUAUUACCUGAUGGAACAUUUGUUUAA